UGGCAAAGGCUUAACCUUUGGGAGACGUCAAAAGGCUCAAAAUUUCGACAAUUGUCCCUUAAAACUCUCUCUUCCCUCUCACAUCUUAAGCGCAAUUGUGAGUGAGAUUUGCAUCUUCUUCAUAAAUUUGUGUUAAAAGCAAUUCUGAGAAUGCCAUCGUUUUCUUCCUCUCUCUCCCGCCUAUCUUAUUGCUCCCGCACCUCCUCUCCUUUCUCGUCGAAUCAUUCUUCGCUGGUCAAUGGCGGCGACCCACGCCGGUCACUCUCCUUCCUCUCCGCGUCUCCUCAGUGGCUAAAUCUAGAUGAGCUCUGUGUUAGAUCGCAAAGGAAGUCCGUUCAGAGUUCUGUUGUUGUGCAAGAUGGCGCAGAAGCCACGAUUUCAUGCUCGGCUGAGAAACUGAAAGGCGGGCUUUUAUCGAUUCCGUCACAGGAAGCAGACAAGGUUACAACGGAGUCUGAUGGCAGCGAACACCAGUCAACAGUUAGUAUCACGGUGGUCGGAGCCUCUGGUGAUCUUGCCAAGAAGAAAAUAUUCCCAGCUCUUUUCGCACUCUACUAUGAAGGCUGUCUUCCUGAGCAUUUCACAAUAUACGGUUAUGCAAGGAGUAAGAUGACAGAUGGUGAACUUAGAGACAUGGUCAGCAAAACACUGACUUGUAGAAUUGAUAAGAGGGAAAACUGCGGUGAAAAGAUGGAAGAGUUUCUUAAGAGAUGUUUUUACCAUACAGGUCAGUAUGAUUCUCAGGAGCAUUUUGUUGCAUUGGACAAGAAGCUCAAGGAGCAUGAGGGUGGAAGACUCUCGAACCGACUUUUCUAUCUUUCAAUACCUCCAAAUAUCUUUGUGGACGCGGUGAAAUGUGCAAGCUCAUCUGCUUCAUCUGUCAAUGGAUGGACUAGGGUCAUUGUCGAGAAACCUUUUGGCCGAGAUUCCAAAACCUCGGCUGCUUUAACAAAGUCCCUUAAGCAGUACCUCGAGGAAGACCAAAUAUUUAGGAUAGACCAUUACUUAGGAAAAGAGCUAGUUGAGAACCUGUCGGUUCUUCGAUUCUCAAAUCUUAUAUUUGAACCUCUAUGGUCAAGGCAGUAUAUACAGAACGUGCAGCUCAUAUUUUCUGAGGAUUUCGGCACUGAAGGACGUGGAGGGUACUUCGACCAUUACGGAAUAAUAAGAGAUAUAAUGCAGAAUCAUCUGCUUCAGAUAUUAGCUCUUUUCGCCAUGGAAACACCUGUUAGUUUGGAUGCAGAGGACAUCAGAAAUGAAAAGGUGAAGGUUCUACGUUCGAUGAGGCCAAUACAGCUUGAAGAUGUGGUGAUAGGACAGUACAAGAGCACAAACAAAGGAGGAGUCACAUAUCCAGGCUACACCGAUGAUAAAACUGUGCCAAAAGAUAGCUUGACCCCAACAUUUGCAGCUGCUGCACUCUUCAUCGAUAAUGCUAGAUGGGACGGUGUUCCUUUUCUAAUGAAAGCUGGGAAAGCUCUACACACCCGAAGUGCGGAAAUAAGGGUGCAGUUCAGGCAUGUACCUGGAAAUUUAUAUAACCGGAGUUCUGGUACUAAUCUUGAUCGGACCACGAAUGAGCUUGUCAUCCGUGUUCAGCCAGAUGAAGGCAUCUAUUUGAAAAUCAACAACAAGGUCCCUGGUUUAGGAAUGAGAUUAGAUCAGAGUAACUUGAAUCUUCUCUAUUCAGCAAGGUAUUCGAAGGAAAUCCCAGAUGCAUAUGAGAGGCUUCUGCUGGAUGCAAUCGAAGGCGAACGCAGGUUGUUCAUAAGAAGCGACGAACUUGACGCUGCUUGGGCGCUUUUCACUCCAUUGCUCAAAGAGAUAGAAGAAAAGAAGACAAUCCCAGAAUCCUAUCCUUACGGCAGUCGUGGUCCUGUUGGUGCCCAUUAUCUUGCCGCAAGACAUAAAGUCCAGUGGGGUGACCUGAGUUGAGAGACCAGUGAAAGACUUGAAGAAUCAAUCAAUCAAUACCUUUGUUGUUCAUAGAUUCACGUCUGAGAAUUCUCAUUAAUCUUGCGUUGGUUUUGGCGGGGGACCACGGAAACGUUUAUUCAUUUGGGUUUCCUUUCGUUUACAGGUUGCCCUAGAUAGAAAUGUUGGAUUCUGUACCUUGAAUAAUAAGAAAGGGUUUAUCAUCUUUCUACAA